UGUGUGUGUGUGUGUACCAGACUGAUACAGCCCACAAUCUAGCACUGCUGCUGUGUUUAUCAUCCUGGAGCUAGAGGACAGAAACGUUUCUGUAUCAUUGCACUGGCUUGUUUAAGACCGACACAAGAGUUGUCCAUUUCCGUGGAACUUUUUUGAAGGACUAAAUGCAGAUUUUCGGUAUAAAAUUCAUACCGAUCUCUAAACCAUGAUGACCGGAUAUCUAAAAGAAUAUGGGAUAUCUAAAAGAUCUUGGGAUAAAAUUAACCCAAAAAGUUAUUUAUGGGGCGUUUGUAUGCGCGUGUUUCGAAUGAAAUGUGGCUCGCGCAUGUCGGUAUUUGUGCGCGCGGUUAACAGGUGCAGCGCGCGCUCCUAGUGCUCACUUUCCCCGGUGUUACCGGACACCAGCUUUAGUGCUGAUGGGCAACCACGUCGAUAAACUCGCGCAUCUCAGUUACGCCGAAGUCCCGACCGCGGAACCGAGCGGCACGGACGCCGAGGACGAAGGCGCGCGCAUUGGCGUGUCCUACAUCUUCUCCACGGACGACGACGACACGUCGGCGGAUGACAGGACGGACGACAGGACGCCGCCACCGCACGAGCUCGAAUGCGUUGUCUUUCACACUACCGCGUGCGUGUACGAGAGGCGCGCUCACGACUUGCGCGCGCACUCCGCCGAGACUCUGUUGACCAAGUUCGUGCCCGGGGACGUCGUGGAGUUCGUGGCCGUCGGCCAAAGUCCCCAUUGGGCUGUCUACAUCGGCGACUUCCAGGUAGUCCAUCUGCACAGGGCGGAGGUGAAGUGCGGCUCCGUGAUGGACGCAGGCCGCGGGAGACGCUGCCGGAUCGUUAACCAGCUCUACAAGUACGAGCCGCUGAGCGCCGCCGCCGUGGUAAGAAACGCCACCGAGCACGUGGGAGUGAAGGAGCGCGAGCUGAGCUGGAGGAACUCGGAGUGCUUCGCCGCCUGGUGCAAGUUCGGCAGGAGGGAGUUUAAAGUGGGCGGAGAGCUGCGUAUCGGAAAACAGCCGUACAAACUAAAGCUCCUGCUGGACGGUAAACAGGUCCAAGAGCUCGAGUUUCAGAGUCUGGACGACGCGGUGAUGGAAAGGAGACGCAGGGACAGGGUUUUGAAUGAGCCGGAGGGACAGAGCUGAACACAGGACCACGAUUGUGCCCCUUGUAUCGUAUAUUCAUCAGUUUAUAAACCGCAUCACCUGUAUGUUCCACAUAGUCUUUGUUUCCACAGGUUCUCAGUCCUGCUGGAGGUAAAUGAUCAGCUGAGUAAAUAUAUAUCCAUCCAUUACUGCACAUCAUCUGUAAUGUAAAGAACUCCAAAGAGCUGUGCUUGGUUUAUGUUGAAGACACCGGGGAUGAUUUCUAACACUUUUUGGACAGCAUUUACUAAACUUGUACUUGGACAACUUGUAAACAUUUCUGGAUACAGUUUGAAGUGCAUUUGUUUUUAUUUCAUAGUGACGCUUCAUGUGACUAACGGCCCAGAUUCUGAACAGAUGAGACACGUUUUAAAUAUGUUGUGGAUAGAAUAAAUGCAUACAGUACCUUCCUGUC